GGUGUAAACAAGAUGUGACACAGCAACAGCUGGGGCCCGAGAUGCAGCCGUGGCAGCUGAUGUGCAGAUGGACAGUCAAUAGAUUGACCGGUUUGUGUUCAGGAGCACCAGGAUUCCUCUGAGAUGAGAACUUCAGAAAUGCGUGGCUGUAGGUGAUUCCAUGAUAGAAAAUUCUGAGUUAUGGGAGUCAUUGGAAAAUCAAGACUGCAGUCUUUGCAAGUGUAUAUACAUCUUUCCACUGAUUUGGUUUGGACGUAAAGGCAAGUUUUUCCUGAGUGCCUCUCCACCCCCACAGCUCAACCUGACAGACGAUGCCUGUAAGCACGACUCUAACAAAAAGCGACAAGGUGGUGGAUCAGCAAAACUGGUUAACACCCUUACUGCACCUUGGCCCAAAAAGGAGGCUUGAGGAAAGUGACAUGUACAGCGUUCUUCCAGAGGAUCGGUCUGAAACCCUGGGAAUGGAGCUGCAGAGAUUUUGGGACCAUGAAGUUAAAAAGGCAACAAAGGAACUUGAGAAGCCAAAACUCACCAGAGUUCUUAUUAAGUGCUAUGGGAAAUCCUAUGCAUUAGCUGGGCUGUUUGUGUUUUCACUUGAGGCAAUAAAAGUGAUCCAGCCACUUCUUCUGGGGAAAAUAAUCCUGUACUUUGAGAAUGAUCAUCCAGACGACCAGAGAAGUCUUUACAUGGCAUAUGGUUAUGCUGCUGCGAUGUCCAUCUCCACGUUUGCUCUCGCUAUUCUCCAACAUCUCUACUUCUAUCACGUCCAAAGAACAGGCAUGAAGAUUAGAGUGGCCAUGUGCCACAUGAUUUACAGAAAGGCUCUUGGUCUCAACUGUGAAUCCAUGGGACGAACAACCACUGGACAAAUAGUGAACCUCCUUUCAAAUGAUGUCAAUCGUUUUGAUGAGGUUACAGCCAAUCUGCACUACCUGUGGGUGGGCCCUCUACAAGCAGUAGUCAUCAUCGUUCUCCUUUGGGAAGAGAUCGGCCCAUCAUGUCUAGCAGGUGUGGCAGUCAUUGCACUCAUGAUGCCUCUACAGACUUGGUUUGGAAAACUGUUUGGUAUCUUCAGGAGCAAAACAGCGGUUCUUACUGACAGUAGAAUCCGUAUCAUGAACGAAGUGGUGUCUGGCAUCAGGAUCAUCAAGAUGUAUGCCUGGGAGAAACCCUUCUCAGCUCUGGUUGCUGAAGUGAGACGGAAAGAAAUCAGUCAGAUACUGAAGAGCUCCUACCUACGAGGACUCAACAUGGCCUCCUUCUUUGCCAGCAGCAAGAUCAUUGUCUUUGUCACCUUUACUGCCUUCGCUCUCCUGGGAAACUCCAUCACUGCCAGCAGCGUGUUUGUCACUGUGUCUCUUUAUGGUACAAUUAAGCUCACAGUCACUCUGUUCUUUCCUCUGGCCAUUGAGAAGUUGUCAGAAACAGUUGUGAGUCUUCACAGGAUUAAGAAUUUCCUCCUGCUGGAAGAGGUGAAGAGGGAAAACUCUGAGGUGCCACUGGGGGAGAAGAGGGAAAACUCUAUUGUGAUUGAGAAUCUGACCUGCUACUGGGAUCAGACUUUGGAUGCACCAUCUCUGCAGAAUGUCUCUUUCACAGCAAAGUCCCACCAACUUCUGGCUGUAAUUGGACCAGUAGGAUCUGGAAAGUCGUCCCUGCUGAGCGCCAUCCUGGGAGAGCUGCCUCAUGACACUGGGACACUGAAGGUUGAAGGUAGUCUGAGCUACGCAUCCCAGCAGCCCUGGGUGUUCCCUGGAACCAUCCGCAGCAACAUCCUGUUUGGGAGAGAACUGAACCUCAAGAAGUACGAGAGAGUCCUCAGAGCCUGUGCUCUGAAGAAGGACCUGGAGCUGCUCCCAGAUGGAGAUUUGACGCUGAUCUGUGACAGAGGAGCCACACUCAGCGGGGGACAGAAAGCUCGCAUCAACCUGGCCAGGGCUGUGUAUGAGGAGGCAGACAUCUACCUCCUGGAUGAUCCUUUAAGUGCCGUGGAUGCAGAAGUCGGAAAACAUCUUUUUGAACAGUGUAUCUGUGGCCUGCUGAAGAACAAGUGUCGUGUCCUGGUCACCCACCAGCUGCAGCAUCUGACGGCAGCUGACCACAUUUUGGCCCUUAAGGAGGGUCAUAUCAUGGGCCAGGGAACCUACAGUGAGCUUCAGUGUUCUGGCCUGGACGUGGUGUCCUUGCUGAGAAUUGAGGAGGAACAAGACCGAACUCGAUCAGCUGAUCCGGAAAUGCAGUCUUUAUUCAGCCAGAGGACGAAUCUCUCACACAGUUCACAGUGUUCUUAUAGCAGCCUCCUGCCAGCAGAGAGCAACAGCCCUGAGCAGCCUCCUGUUCAAACAGUUGUGGCCUCUGCAGAAGAAAGUCGAGCUGAAGGAAAUGUCAGCAGUCACAUUUAUCUUAAAUACUUUACUGCAAGCUGCAGCCUUCUGGUUUUACUGGUUAUAGUUCUGCUCAGUAUCAUCGCAGAGGCUGCCUAUAUCCUGCAGGACUGGUGGUUGGUGUACUGGGCAAGACAAGAAUAUUCUAACAGCACAGCAACUGUGGUUGACAUGAAGAAUGGAAUUAAUGUUACUCACUCAAAUCUAGAGUUGAAUCUCACAUUUCAUCUUGGCAUUUACUCAGGUUUGACAGCGGCUGCUGUGGUCUUCGGUUAUGCCAGGAGUUUAAUAAUAUUUAAUCGGCUGGUAAGGUCAGGUCAGAUUCUACACAACAGCAUGUUCAGCGCUGUCCUCUGCACACCAGUUCACUUCUUUGACGUCAACCCUGUAGGAAGAAUUCUCAACAGGUUCUCCAAAGACAUCAGCCAAGUGGACUCCUUGCUGCCCAUCACAUUUGUGGACUUUUAUCAAUUAAUUCUACAGAAUGCUGGUGUGGUCGCUGUGGCAACCGCCAUCAUUCCUCUCGUCCUCAUCCCUGUUGGUGUUCUGCUUAUAAUCUUUCUGUACUUGAGACGCUUCUACCUCAGUACAUCACGUGAUAUCAAACGUCUUGAGUCAACAACCCGGAGUCCAGUCUUCUCCCACCUGUCUUCAUCUCUUCAGGGUCUGUGGACGAUCCGAGCUUUCAGGGCUCAGGAGAGACUAAAGAAAACCUUUGAUGCUCAUCAGGACCUGCACUCAGAGGCGUGGUUUUUGUUCCUGAUGACGUCACGCUGGUUUGCACUUCGCCUUGACAGCAUUUGUUCCAUAUUUGUCACUGUCACAUCUUUCGGCUGCAUUUUGCUCAGAGAUGGACUGGAGGCUGGAGAGGUGGGCCUGGUGCUGACCUAUGCUUUGACACUGGUGGGAAACUUCCAGUGGACAGUGAGACAAAGCGCCGAGGUGGAGAACAUGAUGACAUCUGUGGAGAGGGUGGUGGAGUACACAGAGCUGAAAAGCGAAGCACCCUGGGAAACCCAGAGGCGUCCUCCUCCUGACUGGCCAAGCAAAGGUCUGGUGACUUUUGAGCAGGUCAGCUUGUCCUACAGCACAGACGGCCCCAUCAUCCUGAAAGACAUCAGCGCCACCUUUGAACCCAACGAGAAGGUCGGUAUUGUGGGCAGAACAGGUGCCGGGAAAAGCUCCCUGAUCUCGGCUCUGUUCCGCCUGGCAGAACCUCAGGGAAAGAUCUCCAUCGACGGCGUUGUGACCUCUGAGAUCGGCCUCCACGACCUGCGCAAGAGGAUGUCCAUCAUUCCUCAGGACCCGGUGCUAUUUGCUGACACUGUGAGGAAAAACCUGGACCCUUUCAACCAGCACAGCGAUGAAGACCUGUGGAAAGCUCUGGAAGAGGUGCAGCUGAAGUCCGUGGUGGAGGAGCUGCCCGGUAAGUUGGAGACGGUUCUGGCCGAGUCGGGCUCCAACUUCAGCGUGGGUCAGAGGCAGCUGGUGUGUUUGGCCAGAGCCAUCCUGAGGAAGAACCGCAUCCUCAUCAUCGACGAGGCCACGGCCAACGUGGACCCCAGGACAGACGAGUUGAUCCAGAAAGCCAUCCGGGACAAGUUCAGAGAAUGCACUGUGCUCACCAUCGCUCACCGCCUCAACACCAUCAUAGACAGCGACCGCAUUCUGGUGCUGGACGGUGGCACCAUCCAGGAGUUAGACCGACCUUUCACCCUGCUGCAAAACAAAGAGGGCGCUCUGUACAAGAUGGUGCAGCAGCUGGGCCAGACGGAGGCAGCAGCCCUGCUGGAGGCGGCCAGACAGGCAACAGAGAAAACAGCGGUCCUGACAAGCUGAGGCCAGUGGAGUGUGAUUGUGCCAGACUGCUCCACUGGACACCAGAUGAAGGUAGUGACUGAGAAACCUGAGGCCUUCCAUCACAUUCAGAAACAGGAUUUGUUAGAGUGACUACAGAGCAAUCUUGAGCCGCCCACUUAAAAGCCCUUUUCAGACAUGGGAUAUGUAUCAUUGCUGCUAUAUGUUUAAGUAACGGUAUUUUGUUAUUUAGACUCAGAUUCACUUUUCUGUUCCUCACAGCUUCAUUCAGAUGCUGAAGAAUCGCACGAUAUUUGUCAUUUAUGUGAGAUUAGACACACACCAAGUGAUGUACAAUACUCAAUAACGCAAUAAUAGACAGACGAGUAAAUCUAAACUAGUAGCAGCUCAUCAAACUGUCUAAGCAACUAUCAGCCUUGUUUAAGUGUGAUAAAACAGUGAAACUAAAACCUCAGGAAUCAACCUGAGGAUAGCCACGAUGCAACUACUGAUUUAACUACAGCUGAUAAACUGUGACUCUGUGUGAGAAAAUGCACAGUAUGACCAUGUCAGGGCUAAUGUAUUAUUUUAAGAAUUUAAUGAUGUCAACAUUACCUCUCUUUGGAGAUUCUCAUAUGGAUCUUGCUACUGUCAGUAUUAUUAAUCUCAGCUGUUAGUGUCCGUUUCUAUCACAGCAAAGUUUUAUUUUUAUGAACGUCUUGUUUAGUAACAUAUUCAAUUUUAAAUUGAAUACGUUUUCAAAACUUGCAUAACUGCAAUUUAAUUAUUUACAAGUAUAAUAUUAAGUAUAAGUCCUAAUGAGGCUGCAGCUAUUGAUGUCCACAUUAUGUUACAUCCCAUUUGCUCAAUUCAGUUCCAUUGAGUUUUAUUUAUAUAGUGCCAGUUCACAUCAUAUGUCCUCUCACAGCACUUCACAUAGUAGCAUUGUAAAGACCUUACUGACUGUGAACAAAGAACAGACAACCAAACAAUCCAAAGUUGCCUUUGGAUUCCCAGUGAGCGAGUGUUCAGCAACUGUGGGAAGGAACCAAAAACACCCUUCAGCGGGGAGGGGAAAAAAACCUCAGACAGAACCAGGCUCAGGGAAGGCAGCAUCUGCCUUGACCAGUUGGGGUGAGAGUGGGGAUGAGGGGGGUGGGGGAUAGCAGGAUAGCAGAUGGAGAAAGGACAAAUAAUACAAACAGAACAAUGAACAUUUUGGAGGACGGCGAGGCCAGCGUCUGCAGAUCAGAGAUGUAGCUCUAGUAUUAAGUCAGACCAAAGCUUUAACCAAAAGCAAAAAAAGUGAAUAUUUUGCACCUGUUGUUAGUUCUCUGCACUGGUUGUCAGUAUUAAAGAACUGCUUUUUCAGGACUACUUUUGUUUGCACAUUAUUUAAGAUACACAGCACAGAAGCGAGCCUGGUGAACAGUGAAGGAAAAUGACACCACAUUGGGCAGAAAAUUUUCUUUAAAAAUCUUCCUGAUUGCAGCUUGGAUAAAAGCCUGGUUGUGUGCAAAUUGUGCAACAAAGAGUUUUCUGAUCACUGCGUCACUUCAAGCCGACGGUAUCACCUCAAUGUAAAACAUGUUGCUGUUAGCACCAGAGCUAACGUUAGCUACAACAGUCCUGGUAACAGCCAACAGUGUAGCCAUCCCAUAAUGGACCACUUUAGAAGACAUUUAAAGUGCUUGAGUUUACAAAAAACUUAAAAUGCUGAAUAUGAUCACUAUAAUUGCACUUUGAGUUUGCAGUAAUCUGUUCAUGUAGUGGAAGGAUGAAAAAUGCAGAUAAAUAUAAAUGAAGAAAACGAUAACUUAAAAAAUAAUGUGCGUUUUAAUAAAUUAAUUAUAAACUUUUAGUUUAUUAGAAAAAGGUUCAUAAAUAAAAAAAUUGUAUUACUAAAAACAGAAUCAUCAAAAUUACACCAUUUAUCAGAAACUAUGAAAACAUAAAUCUAUGGAUUUUCAACUUUUUGAAGUUCCUUGAGCUACUUAUCCUUAUGUUAUAGCCAUACAGUGGAAAAACUGAACUAAAUCCAGGCCUUAAAUCAUCAAAAUCAUUUUUUUCUAUGUGUCCCAUUUUAAAAUUGUAUUAAUUUUAAUAAUUUAAAAUGCUAAACAUGUUUGUCUAUUCAUUGAUUCAACUCAACUGUCAACCAAAAGUUAUUUGAAUUGAAAAACUUUACUUAUUGUAUCAAAAAUUGCUAUUUGACAAAAAUGCGAUUAUUUGCAAUUAAUUAAUUAAUUACAUAAGCUUAUGGACUCUUUAUAUAUAUAUAUAUAUUCUCUAGAAAUCUGAGGACUAAGGAAUAAUUUCCAGUUCACAGGACUCAGUAGCCUGUGAGGGAAGAAAUGUUAAAGUGCACCUAUUCACGGUAUACAAGAGAAGUGACCUCACCUCUGUGUCAUAGCACUUAAUUAUCGAAUUAUUAAAAAUUGUUUUUCCUUACGGUAAUUGCAGUGCUUCUGAGUUGAUCAGUAGGAUGUUUGCUUUUGUGUAAAAUUAGCAAUUAACCGUUAACAUUUACUGUGUGUUUGAAUUCAAUGCAACAAUUGCUGAGUUACAUUUUUUUUUGUCAGUACUUCAUAUGUCCACUUUCAUUUUGAAUGACGGACUCGAUCCUCCUUGCUAAAGAGGAUGCCAGUGUUCAACUCAUUCCUGGAGAGAUUUUAUGUCAUUCUUCUUUCCAGCUGCUCUCUGCUGUAGGGGUCUUGCUGCCAUUUCUUUCUCUUCAGAAUACCACAGAAUACCAAUUGUGUCCUGUUAUUUUUAAGUCAGUAGAUUUAAGUUAUCAUAGGUCAUAGUUUUCAUCUGUUCUAGUUUAGAAGCUUUUGGCAGUGCUUUUUCCACCCUGCACUGUGAACGUUGACACGCUGUAUUCAAUAAAAACAUGACAUCA